GCUGCAGCUCACGAGGUUCGAGGCCAGUUUUGCUUCAUCGGCACAGUGGAGGCGAGUCACAUCGACUCUCUUCUUCAGCGCUCCUCUAAUUCACUCCGCAAGUGCAGCAAAAUGUCGUCGUUUCUGCACCAAAGACCCCUCCAAUCCACGCUCUCCUACUUCCAUGAGCCGUCGUCUCAUCCCUCUUCGACGCUCGCUCAGAAACAUCCUUCGAUCUUCAACCGUGCUGGCCUCUUGGUCCUCCUGUUGGUUCUCGUGAUUCUCGGCGUCUUCAUGCCGUGGUCGGAAAUGCACGAGGGCAUUUUCUGGAGCACGAGGCCUGCGCUCACCAAAUGGCGGGACUACACCUUGGCUCAGGCGGCGUCGGUCGUGGCGAAGAACGGGACGGUGAUCGUGUGCGCCGUGAGCCAGCCUUACUUGCCCUUCCUUAAUAACUGGCUGAUUAGCAUUGCCAGGCAAAAGCACCACGAGAAGGUGCUCGUGAUCGCCGAAGACUAUGCCACGCUUUAUAAGGUCAAUCAGAGGUGGCCUGGGCACGCGGUUUUGAUCCCUCCGGCUCCUGAUACACAGACUGCACAUAAGUUUGGUUCUCAGGGGUUCUUCAAUUUUACAUCACGAAGACCUCGCCAUCUGCUGGACAUUUUGGAGCUUGGAUAUAAUGUUAUGUACAAUGAUGUUGAUAUGGUUUGGUUGGCUGAUCCAUUUCCUUAUUUGGAAGGAAAACACGAUGUGUACUUCACCGAUGACAUGGCUGCUGUGAAACCCCUGGACCAUUCUCAUGAUUUACCGCCUCCUGGAAAGAAGGGUCGGACUUACAUAUGUAGCUGUAUGAUCUUCCUGCGCCCCACUGUCGGUGCAAAACUUGUGAUGAAGAAGUGGAUCGAGGAACUUCAAGCUCAACCGUGGACAAAAUCGAAAAAAGCCAAUGAUCAGCCUGCUUUUAAUUGGGCACUGAUGAAAACCUCUGGACAGGUUGAUCUCUACCUGCUGCCCCAGAAAGCCUUCCCCACGGGAGGCCUUUAUUUCAAGAACCAGACAUGGGUACAGGAAACCAAGGGAAUGCAUGUUAUAAUCCAUAACAACUACAUUACAGGCUUCGAGAAAAAGAUAAAGCGCUUCCAGGAUUUUGGUCUCUGGUUGGUGGACGAUCACGCCAAUGAGUCCCCCCUCAGCAGGUUGUGAGAAAUUCAUCACCAUCCUUUUUCUUGUAGUGAGGCUCUGCAACAAUUUCACCACUGCUAAUGCUGACCCCCGGGGCUGUUUGUUGCUGCUGCCGCGACAUCGCGAGGUAGAUGAAGUCAGAGGACCAUGCUGCAAAUUCUGCAGCUCAUACACUCCGUGUUUCAGUUUUGCUGUUGCUGCUGGCUCUUGUUAGAGCAAAGAGCCUCUGUUUCAUUUAGUUACAUUUUCGCGUAGAUUUAUGAUCUUUGCCCAUCUCACUGCAAAGUUUUUUUAUUGAUUCUUUGUAUCACGAAUCAUACAAAAAGGAAAAAUCAGAGGCAGAUCAAUUCGCCUGUGUAAA